CUAACUAUCUAUUGUUUCAAUCUUCAACAAUCAACCCGCAAUCAAUCUUCAAAAAAUGGAAAGAUGUUCAGCAGCUUUGGAGAAUGAUGAUCUGCAUCUAAGAUUAGGGCUUCCCGGAAGAGACGAAUCGGAGCAGCCAUCCUCUUCUCAAGUGAAGAGCAAGAAGAGAUCUUCAUGCGAUAUGGAGAGCUCUUCCAACAAAGACCAAGCUCGAGUAGUCGGGUGGCCACCAGUGAGAUCUUACCGGAGAAACGCGGUGCAGGGGGAAUCGGGGAUGUAUGUGAAGGUGAGCAUGGACGGAGCUCCUUAUUUGAGGAAGAUAGAUGUGAAGCAGUACAACAACUACUCGGAUCUUGUGAGGGCGUUGGAGAGCAUGUUCAAGUGUAGGAUGGGAGUUUAUUCGGAGAGGGAAGGGUACAAGGGGUCGGAAUAUAGACCGACUUAUGAAGACAAAGAUGGGGAUUGGAUGCUAGCUGGAGAUGUUCCAUGGGAGAUGUUCAUCAAUUCUUGCAAGAGAUUGAGGAUCAUGAAAGGAGAAGAAGCUGCAAAUGGAUGCCUCUAGACAUAUUUCACAUUACAAAUCAUAGAGAUGUAGCUAUUUGUUCUCUUUUACUUCCCAACUAUACAAUUAUAUCAUGUACAAUGAUCAUACUAUAAACAACAA